CGGGGCCGCAGCCCCUCGUCAGCCCCGGCGGAGGAUGCGGGUCGGGCCUCCUCGCCGAUGAGAGGGAGGAUGGGAACCCAGGGCAGCCCGGUGAAGAGCUACGAUUACCUCCUCAAGUUCCUGCUGGUGGGGGACAGCGACGUGGGCAAGGGCGAGAUCCUGGAGAGCCUGCAGGACGGGGCCUCCGAGUCCCCCUACGCCUACAGCAACGGAAUUGACUACAAGACCACUACUAUCUUGUUGGAUGGCAGAAGGGUCAAGCUGGAGCUCUGGGACACGUCAGGGCAGGGAAGAUUUUGCACCAUUUUCAGAUCCUACUCUCGAGGAGCCCAGGGAAUUCUCUUGGUGUAUGACAUCACUAAUCGCUGGUCCUUCGAUGGGAUAGACAGAUGGAUAAAGGAAAUAGAUGAGCAUGCCCCAGGUGUCCCUCGGAUCCUGGUGGGCAACAGGCUCCACUUGGCCUUCAAGCGGCAGGUGCCCACGGAGCAGGCGCGGGCCUACGCCGAGAAGAACUGCAUGACAUUCUUCGAGGUCAGUCCCCUCUGCAACUUCAACGUCAUCGAGUCCUUCACGGAGCUGUCCCGGAUCGUCCUGAUGCGGCACGGCAUGGAGAAGAUCUGGAGACCCAACCGAGUGUUCAGCUUACAGGACCUGUGCUGCCGAGCCAUCGUCUCCUGCACCCCGGUCCACCUCAUCGACAAGCUGCCCUUGCCUGUCACCAUCAAGAGCCACCUCAAGUCCUUCUCCAUGGCCAACGGGAUGAACGCGGUCAUGAUGCACGGCCGCUCCUACUCCCUGGCCAGCAGUGGGGGUGGCAGCAGCAGCAAAGGGAACAGCUUGAAAAGAUCCAAAUCCAUUCGUCCUCCCCAGAGCCCCCCACAGAACUGCUCACGCAACAACUGCAAGAUCUCUUAGCAGGAGGGACACGCCGUGAGCUUUGAAGGUGUCCACACUCACCCACCGAUGUACAGCUCUUUGCACACUCACCCCUUUUUCCACUGGAUCCUUUCGGAUCGGGCUGUGGUUGCUUUUUGGUUUUUGGGGUCCCCAGUGGCGUGUGUAAGUGUUGGGAAUGUGCUCACGUUUUGGUUCCACAGAGGAAGUGCUGGUGCCAGGCGGGUCUCGCCGCGCUGGCGGGGAGAGGACUCUGCCAAGUGACCCUCCAGGAAUGCUUUGGGCUUUGCCUCUUGGCCUGGGGUGGAAAAUUCAGCAGCUGCUGGCCUGGGGAGGGGGGAAGGGGGGGGAAAAGCUCAUCCAGCCUCAAUGGAGAAAUGGAUUUAAUGGAAGAUUGAGAGGCUUAAGGGAGUAGGGCAAGGAGAGUCUGUGCUGCAACUUUAACUCUUGGACUCCUGAGCAGAUUGCUGGUGCAAUAGCAAUGGCUGGAGGUAGGAAAAGAAAUGGGGACAAGAGACUCAUGACAGCUUUCACCAGGAUGUUAACCUGCUGUUGCCAAAACAAGGAGAACAAGGCAAGAGUUGGCCAAUUGGAAAGGGGAAGGAAGCAGCCUGCUUGCCUCCUCCGUUUAUUUAUGUAAAUAUUAUACAUAUAUAUAUAUAUCACUUGUUUUGUAAGGUUUUUUUUUAAGAAGCAGUCAGGGAAAAUUUUAUGCAGCCGUGUAAAUACAAGCACUGGAUUAACUUUCCCAGUGUCAGCAAAGGGGGAGAAGUGGAGGAUUUUCUGGUGAAAAUCCUCCCAUCCUUUAAGAGACUUUCAGUCACCACCAGGGCUCCUGCUGGGUGCUUUUCAAUACUGCCUCUGCAGAGGGAAAGACCCAUCUGUCUGUAACACACCCCCAGCUGCUUUCUUUUUCCCCAUCCUUCCCUAAAACCUGUGAGUGCUGAAGGCAGGGUGGGAUGUGAGUGGAUGGAGGGGCAGAGCAGAGAGGCCAGGGUGCUGGGGUUUGGUUUUGGCAGGCAGGACCAGGAGGGAGCUCUGGGGUCAGCCUGACACACCUUUCUUGCUUUGCACCUUCUGAUGCUUGGCUGGUCAGGGACUGAGGAGCAGAGGGUGGAAGCAUCAUGCCUAAAGCAGAGGAAAAACGUUGGAUAUGGUCCCUUAUUGCUGCAAAACCUUGGCUGUUGCUUCCAGAGCCCUCCAGCCACCACCCCACCUGGUGGGACAGCCCUGAAUCCUGGCUGCUGCUUGCUUUGCUUUUCCAAAGACGUUCUGCCUGAGCUAGCGUUGCUGCGGCUCCUCCUGGAUGAAAGUGGGGAAAGGACAGAAGCAGCUUUUCCUGCUGGAGCAUGAGGAGCCAGGGACUGGGAAGGUGAAAGGUUUGUGUGGGAAAACAGCAAUUCCCAGGUCCUGUUUUGGCAAAUUUGCUCAGCUCUUGUGGCAGCCCUGGGAACUCAGGAAAGCAACUGCUUUGCUCUGUGGGCCCAUUCCUGGGUUUGAGGGGCCUGCGGUCUCAGCGGGAAGAGCUGGAGAUGUGCACGUGCUGUGAGAGAAGAUCUUGUGUCAGGAAAGGGCGUGUGCUUCCCUGGCUUUGUCCUGUGCUGGAAAUCCACCUGGAAGCUUAGGAAUAACACCCAGCCCCUUAGGGAGAAGCUAAGCAGGGCCUGGUGGUGGGACUGAGCUGUGUCAGCAGAGCCUUGUGGGCAGCCAGGCCACGUAGAUGAUGAGCAAGGUGGUAGAAGUGACCUGCUUUUCCUUGUCCUGGGCUGGUCUCCUCAGCGAGGAGAGCAGCUGGAACGGUGCAGCCAUCUUCCUCCUGGUGUUAGCAUCUCCUCAAGGCCUGGGCUUGCUCUUCUCCCCACCCAGAGCAGCUCUUGGUGCACUGCACGGGCAGAAUGAAGCCGCAGCAGCUCCUGCGCGGCCGACGGACCCGCUGUGCUCAGGCAGGGACACGUCCCUCCACGGGGCACAUCUCCUCCCCCCUGCUCCUGAGCCAACCUGCGAGGGGAAAGGAGCCUUCCCCCUCCCUGCUCCACAGAACAAAGCCCAAGCCAAGGGUCGCUCUCUUGGCUCGUCUCUCACGUGCUUUAUUGCCCGGCUCAAAUGAGCGAGGAGAGAAUUAAACCUCGGGCAGAUGGAGCUGGGGGGAGAAGAAUCCUUUGUAGUGGUGGUUUGGCUCACGAGCAAAGCUGCAGCCGAGCUCGGCGCGAAGGCCGGGGGAUUUUCAGAACCUGUCUGGGAUGGUGCCACCUGUUUCCCAUCACUUAACACACAGCAGAAGACAAUCGCUGGCUCAGCAGCCCGGGGAUAUACAGCCAACAGGUGAUGGGCACCACGAGAGGCAACUUCUCCUGGAAAACCAGCCCAGCCCCGCAGGGCCCCUGGGCUGGGCUGCUCCCGGGCACCGGGGCGAAGGUUUCCCUCCUGGAAUCACAAAGCUGCUGCAUGGCUAGAAAAACUUGAUGUCCCUCUGCUUGGUUUGGCUUUGCCACGUGUGGUGCCUCCCCACACCUUUUUUCCCCACCGUUGGUUAUUAUUGUUUUUCCACCCUCUAAGGUCUGAACAGAUCCUGGCUGGAGUGAGGAUGAAAGCUUGACCUGCAGCGACUGCUCAGCGAAGAAAAUUGUGUUUUGUUGUUAAUUUAAAAGGAAAAGUUUCUUGCAUCUGAUGUCAACACUAGUCUGUAGCUGCUCUCCAACACUUGUACCAUUCCUGAGUUGAUUUUUUGGACUAUCCUUCUAUUCUUUUUUUUAAUUAUUAUUCCUUUGUACAGUCAAUGUUGUUCAACUGAUUAUACAUGGUUUUGUUUUGUAUAAAUUAAAAGUCUUUUUUUGGUUGUUGUUUUGAA